AUGGGUAAAGUAAAGAAAAAACAGGACAAAUCAACUAAAAAACCAAAACCCAUCAACCACCUACAACGAACUUAUUUACCUCGCGCAGCAGAAGAUCCUAACCGCAAGCAUAAAAUUGCAGAAAAGGUCAUAGAUCAUAAAAGCGAAGAGCUAAACAUUUGGUAUUUAAUCCGAUUUAAAGAUAUGACAAAACCACAGUGGCUUCCAGAAACUAGUAUAUUCAUGUCAAAUUCCGAAUGUGAUAACCCACGAUCUUUCAAUAAAUCUCGUACCGAAUUUCAUGAUCGAUCUAAUAAAUCAAAAGAUUCUUCUUUGCAAUCAAGUUCUCAAUCUCGUUACGAAUUUGUUGUUGAUUCUCGCAAUUCUGCUACAUCUAGUAAUACACAGAAGUGGAAACGUUCGAAACGUAUUGAAAAGUCGCAAGAUAUAAUUGCCAAGAAUCCAACAAGAAAUCCUGUACGUUAUGAAAAAAUUCGUCGAGAUUUUCCUGUAGAAAAACCAAUAGAAAGCAAAACUUCCAAAAAUCAAAUCGUUAUUGGAUCAUGUCCUAAUAUUGCAACUUCUAAAGCACUCACAGUUACUGAACCUAUAUUAACGAAAGGACAAAAUAAAAGAUCGAGAUCGGAAGAUGCGAUGCAUCAGCAACUAACGUCGGAUAUUGAAAGAGCUCAAUCUCAAUGUAAAGAUUCCCUAAGGUUGACUCUUGACGAAUUUUUUUCAGAAAUAAGGACCGAAAUGGGGAUGCCACAAAAAGCACACAUAUUACCAUCCAUGCAAUUUCAUUCUGCAGAUAAUAAUAAUGGAUCAUUAGUCCUUUUCGUUGCUUCAGUAAAUGUCACGCCAUUUCCAGGGAGAUGCAACAAUAUAUCAACACUGAAAAAAAUUGCGGAUGAAAAUAUAUCAAAGCUUUGCAUUCAACAUUCUUUACCACUUUCAUAUGCAUUAAACCUAGUUAAAGACAGGGACAAAUGUCCGAUGUUUGAAAUAAAACCGUUGCAAAUUGCAAAAUCAAGACGCAACAUUUUAGUGGAAAGAACAAUAAUGAUGCGAAGUAAAAUUGCUGGAGUAAUUUGGAUCGAAGAAUAUAAAUCAGCAUGGAUCAUUUUUCCUUAUCACGAAAAGAUAUGUAGCCUCUUGAAGUUGCCAGACAAGAAAGAAUUGAUGCUGUUCGCGGUCUCUAUGUUUAUACCAUCGAUAUUUGAUCCUUUACCAUUAAAAAUUGAGCCCAAAGAAUCUAUAAUAUUACCUAAUGAUAGCUUUUCAGUGAAAGAAAUAAUUCAAACCAAAGUCUUCCUUCAUCAUACUGAAUAUUAUUCUGAAUUACGAGAAAUCUGUAGAGGUCGAAUUCAUUUCACAUAUUUUGGUAAUAAAGAAUUUCCAGAAGUUCAAGAAUUGCUUUUGGUCAUGGAAAUUUUAGGAGCAAUUUAUGAUGAAAAUUAUAGCGAGAAUAUUUCAUUGGUUUUGGUUCACGUUUUAUUUUUGAAACAACUACUUUUCAUGCGCAACUUGAUGGAUUUUAAAAGACUUCCGAAUUGCAGAUUUCUUUUAUUUGGAACUGAUUUAAUAGGAUCAUAUAAACCCAUCCGUUUCAAAGAACACUUACCAAAUGGAGGAAUGAUAUCGGCGACCACGUUUACAUUUCUACAGGAGGAGCAAGUCUCCAACAGGAUCAUAAAUGUCAUCGACUAUCAAGAUGCUCCUUGGGAUUAUUUGUUAUACAUAAAUGUCAUGGAUAAUCUAGCGGACCUAGGUCAAAAUCAAAACAAUCAACGUGCAUUUCAAGCUUGGCAUGAGGCUAUGGCAGCUAUUGGAAUGAAGAAGGCAAGAUAUAUCAGGAGAGAAGAAAUGUUCAUGCCCGAAAAGGUUCCUGAGGAGCCUCCUUCGAUGGUUUCUAGCUUAACUAGAACGAUGUUAAGGAUUCACACCAUGUAUGCUUCAGAACGACGACAUUUUAUAUUAAUUCGGCAUCCAAAAGAGGAAGAAUUUUCUAAUGUGUCAUUUCCGGGAGUUUGGAAGAUGUCACUUCAAGAAUUCGAACAAAAUUUCGGAACGACUAUGUAA